CACCCCAGCUAAGCAAGCUACUGAGCUAUCAUUACACCGAGUUUACGCACGUAGCUAGACCAAUUAGUGAGCUUAGCAUAUCUGCCAUGGCUUCCAGCUGCUGCAGGACAUGGCAUCUCUUGCUCGCCAUCUUCCUCCUCUCCUCCGCCGCUUACGGGCAGCUCUCGCCGUCUUUCUACGCCACGAGCUGCCCGCUGCUGGAGCUCACCGUGCGCGCCACCAUGGUCACCGCGCUCCUCGCGGAGCGCCGAAUGGGCGCCUCCCUCCUCAGGCUCCACUUCCACGAUUGCUUUGUUCAAGGCUGUGACGGAUCCAUUCUUCUGGAUGACGUGGGCACCAGCUUCACAGGCGAGAAGACCGCCUUCCCGAACGUCAACUCCGUGCGCGGCUACGACGUCAUCGACCGGAUCAAGUCGGCCGUGGAGCUGCUCUGCCCCGGCGUCGUCUCCUGCGCCGACAUCGUCGCCCUCGCCGCACGGGACGGCACGUUUCUGCUAGGCGGGCCGAGCUGGACGGUGCCGCUGGGCCGGCGGGACUCGACGACGGCGAGCCUGGCGGAGGCGAACGCCGACCUCCCAGGGCCGACGCUGAACCUCGACCAGCUCAUCCGCGCGUUCGACAAGAAGCAGCUGACCCCGCGGGACCUGACGGCGCUCUCCGGUGCGCACACCAUCGGCUUCUCGCAGUGCCAGUUCUUCCGCGACCACAUCUACAACGGCACCAAUAUCGACCCGGCCUUCGCGGCGCUGCGCCGGCAGACCUGCCCCGCCGCGGCCCCCGCCGGCGACGCCAACCUGGCGCCGCUCGACGCGCAGACGCAGCUCGUCUUCGACAACGCCUACUACCGCAACCUGGUGGCGCAGCGAGGCCUGCUGCACUCGGACCAGCAGCUCUUCAACGGCGGCUCCCAGGACGCGCUGGUGCGCCAGUACGGCACCAACCCGGCGCUCUUCGCCGCCGACUUCGUGGCCGCCAUGAUCAAGAUGGGGAACAUCGCCCCCCUCACCGGGACUAACGGCCAGAUCAGGCGCAACUGCAGGGUCGUCAACAGCUGAUCAAUCGCUGACAUGAAUCAGUGAUCAACUGAUCAUGCUACGUGGUGAUGGAGAUGCCUGAAGCGUGGUUGGCUACGAAUCGAAGGUAACCAACCAUGCAUGCAUGCAUGCAUCAUGCAUGGCAGAAUAAGAGCCGUUUGGUUCGAUUGUUACCUUAAUUUGUCUGUGCUUCAUCGUCAUGUAAGUUGCCGGUCUGUGCAGCACUAGCAACUCUCGAAUGUGUAUUUGCGACAAAACUGAGAGAAAAGAGGUGCAUUUCUGUAGACGCCGAUAACCACCACAAGUGUGGUAUAUAUGAUCAACUGGGAGCACACGCCCCAUGACUACAGAUUGGAUCAUGUCAUCACAUGCAUGCACAAGUGAUGAAACUGAUGAUGUCAGCAG